UUUAACAAGCCGCGGAGCCACCAGCCGCAGCACUUCACCGAACACUUUGAACGGGCUCCACAAGAGUUUAACGGCUGUUCUUCUAACCGGCGGCCCGGUACUUUACAGUUUGUGUCACGGAAAACUGACCGAAGUCAGAGCGCGGCUAGUGAGGGAUAGAGGAGAGAACGGCUGUGCGUAUCUGAUUGGACAACACAGAGUAACACAAGGAGCCGCGGGUACAUAUAUUGGGUCCACAGGCUCCCGCCUCUCGACAGUUUCCCACUCCGCCGCUACCCCCGAGGGAAAGCAGAGACCAGCUGACGUAUCGUUUAAAAUAACAGAGUCCAUGGCUGCCCCUGCACACAGCAACUGCGUGUGGAUGUUGCUGCUGGGCGCGUGUGUGUCGCUGGUGGUUGGAACGGAGUGCGGGAAGGAGUGUGCACUGUGCGUGUACCGUCUGCUGGGACAGCAGUCUGGUUUCUCCUCCCUGACAUGCUCACUUGAGUGCAACGGUGAGCUGGACAGCCAGAAGCUGCGCCUGUGCCAGGACUUCCUAUUGGAGGAAGAAAACCACAUUCCUCUGAAUGCUGACCCCCGCCAACAGCAGGAACAGGAAGCAGUGGGUGCCAUGACAGCUGACGAUGAGGACGCAACAUUACCGGAACACCAGCUGGCUAAGAAGUACGGCGGCUUCAUGAAGCGCUACGGUGGUUUCAUGUCUCGCCGCUCCUCCUCUCCAGAGGGGGUGCUAGAAGAUCCUGGAAACCAGGAUGAAGAAGAAAAUGUUCGCCUGGAGAUCCUUAAAAUUCUCAAUGCAGCAGCUGAGCACCGUGGUGAGGGGGAUGGUCAGGGAGGUGAGGCGGUAAAGAGGUACGGAGGCUUCAUGCGUCGUGCUGAAGCAGGGGCUACACAGGGCGACCUGCUGGAGGCGGUGUUAGGCCGCGGGCUCAAGAAGCGCUACGGAGGAUUCAUGAGGCGCGUGGGCAGACCUGAGUGGCUGGUGGACAGCAGCAAGAGUGGGGGGGUGUUGAAACGGGCCUGGGAAAACAGCAGCGAGCUACAGAAGAGGUAUGGGGGGUUCAUGGACUAGGACCCCAUAUAGUUAUGACCCUUCUCUCCCCCCUUUCUUCAACCAAUCACCUUGUAAUCUGGACUUGUUGGUGUUUGAAUCAACUGCCCACCCCUCUGCUUUGUAUAACGUGCUGCUGCCUACUUGGUUCAACUGCUUCUGUAAUGAUAAAAAAAAGAAAAAAAGAUAAACGUGUCGAUGUACACAAAUCAUUUUUUUGGUCUGUUUUUGGUUAUCCUGAUAUUAUUUAUUAAAAUAAUCUGUUGAUCGAGGUGUGUUA